AUGAAGUUAUCACAUCAUCUGUCACUGCUUUCUGUGAAAAUCCGUUGUGCUGAACUGUUGGAGCAUUUUCCACCUUUCCUUCCUCAUUCAAAACCAGAGCUGCCAUCUCAGGGUACCUGGUAUUAUGAAAGGGAGGACAAAAUAAUUUAUUUGUUUUGCAGAAACAAAGAAUGCCCAACAUGUCGUAAGAAGCUUGUUUCAAAGCGGUCCCUGAGACCUGAUCCGAACUUUGAUGCCUUGAUUUCAAAGAUUUAUCCUAGCAGGGAUGAAUAUGAGGCUCACCAGGACAGAGUAUUGCAAAGACUGAGCCGAUUGCACAACCAGCAGGCACUUAGCAGCAGUAUUGAAGAAGGCCUUAAAAUGCAGGCCAUGCACAGAGCCCAAAGAGUGAGAAAGCAACAGCAUGAAUCUGACAAUACAACUUUCAGUGGAGGAGAAGACAUCUGUGACAGUCGCUCUCAUAUCAGCAAUGCAUCUGUGCACAGUACUCAGGAGGCGGGCCCCAGCCGCAAGCGUUCUAAGGCUUCUGAUGACUCUGGACCUGACUUGGACAACUCCCAUGAGGGUGGUGGAGGCAGUCCUGAUACUGGUGUAGAGUCCAGUAGUGAAAUUGAGUUGGUUUUCCGCCCACAUCCUGUACUUGUGGAGAAGGAUAAAUAUUCACAAACCAGAUAUGUUAAAACUACUGCCAAUGCAACAGUGGAUCAUCUGUCCAAGUACCUUGCCCUACGCAUUGCAUUGGAAGAGCGGCAAAAGGGAAAUGGAAACAAUUCAGUCAGUCUGGAAGAUGUCAGUGAAAAACAGUACACCAUCUAUAUUACAACAUCUGGAGGGCAGUUUACGACAUUGAAUGGUUCCUUGACUUUGGAACUAGUUAAUGAGAAAUAUUGGAAAGUGAGCAAGCCGCUUGAACUGUACUAUGCACCCACAAAGGAGCAAAAAUAGCCUUUGGCUGUCAUUCCCUUUCAGCACCAAACAGCUAGGCCCUAAGAUUGUUCCAAUUGAAGAAUUAAGAAGUAUGGUGAGAGGAGAGGAUUUCGGAAGGAGAUCGAAGCCUUAUAUACACAGAAAAUGCAAAGACGUUCUAGUCUGGGAGAAGCUAGGGAAUGGAGCAAGGGAUGGAGAGAGUUGGGACACUGUGUUUUACCUAGCCAUUUCUCUGUGUUUUUUUUUUCUUUUAAAGCCAUUUUGUUUUAAAAUAUACAUAUAUUCAGAUAUGUAGCUGCUGAGCUUUAUGACCCAUAUUUCAGUACAUGACUGUUUAUUUGCCAUGUUUUACAAAAAGGAGAAGUUUUGAUCUAAGACUUCUAUUUGAGAGGUGUUAGCUUUUUAUUGCUUCUAGAUUUCACAGUUUAUUGUUAAAAAAAAUUCUAUUUGUACUUCCUGUUGCUUUGUUAAUGAAAUGUUCUCUGAAAAAUUUA